GCCAGUACACUCGAGAGCAAAUGCAAAGCCGUGCAAGUUGUGCCGGAAAGGCAAAGAAAACGUCAAGUUCGAGUUCAUAAUAUGGUGGUGGGAAUUGUGUCUCAUUUGACGACGGGAUGCGAUGGCAGUGUGUUUGGGUUUGGACAGAAAUCUGUUGCUUUUUGUUCACUAGAGAAACGUGGUGUGGUCAUAAAGAUUUUUACUGAAACGAAGGACGUAGCAGGUGAGGUUGACGUUGCUGGUUAUCUCAAUGAAGGAGGAGAAUCUGAAGUGCACCUAUUCAGUGUGACGUCACUCUUCGGUCUCAACGACCGUCUCUUUGUCGGCACUCGAUCUGGUCACAUAGUUGUAAUCAAUUCUAACUCACUAUCGAUCAUAUACAAGUUUCACGGUUUUUGUGAAAACGUCACUUCCAUGCUUUCCCUUCCGAAAUCAUUGUGGAACUUGCUCCCUGCCGUAUCCUGGCACACAUUAGAUGCAGACACAGCCAGGGAGGAGCCUUCGAGUUUAUUUCCAUAUUUGGUUAGUUUUGGUGUUGGAUUACAGAGUUAUGCCAGGGAACACGUGGGUAUGUCAAUAACGAGUCUCUUGCACAGCCCCUCUUGUGCAAGAGACUAGUCAAUAACAAGCUUCAUGCUGCUUUAGAAUGGACAGUUUGUAGUCUGUUGAUAUACGAUGGUCGCAGUCGUUUGUAUUUCGAAUUCUAUUUUUGAAUUCUAUUUUGCCGCUGCUAGGAGAGUAGAUUGUAAUACUGUUGUAUACAGGUA